CGACCCCACCGAAGCAAAUUGAAGACGAGUUUGUUGCAUUGUAUCAGAUGACGGAGAGGAAUGUGACUUGAAUUAUUAACAGAAAAAAUAACAUUUGAUGAGCCUUUGGUGUUCUACAGUGAUUGUGAUCACGAAGCCGCGAUUUUUCAUGUUAUUCUAGUGCAAAUUAGCGUAGUAUCUCAGCCACACUCGAUAAAGAAUUCGUUCCAUCUACGUUAGGUAUCUAUUUGUACACGCUACGCAAAACCGAACCGAACCGACUCGGCAACUCGUAACUCGUUCUAAAAGGAUUCACUCUCAAAGCUGCGUAAACGUAACGACGAAUCAUGAGUGCCGGCGACUCACCUACGCACGACGUGAAAGAUGAAAAAGACGAUAUCGAUUCGUCGUACAAACCGCCUCCAGAGAAAUCUUUGGAUGAAUUGUUGAACGCGGAUAAACAAGACGAAAGCUUGCAAAAGUACAAGGAAAAGUUACUAGGAGAGGCUACUUCCGGCAAAAUUAUAUUCGAUGAAGCAGAUCCUCGUACCGUGGUUGUAAAACAAUUAGCGUUGGUUGUUGCCGAUCGUCCGGACGUAACCCUCGAUUUAUCUGGUGACCUGACCCAAUUGAAAAAACAAGUAUUCAGCAUUAAAGAAGGCGUUUCGUACAAAAUUCGUAUCGAUUUCAUGGUACAACGUGAAAUUGUGCACGGUUUGAAAUACGUGCAGAAAACUUUCAGAUUGGGAAUCCCAGUCGAUAAAAUGACUCAUAUGGUCGGUUCGUAUCCUCCAAAAUUGGAAAUGCAGAGUUACACCACACCGGCCGAAGAAGCUCCCUCGGGAAUGUUGGCUCGUGGUACCUACUCCGUGUCGUCAUUAUUCACCGACGACGACAAGCACGAACACCUCAAGUGGGAAUGGACGUUUGAAAUCGGCAAAGAUUGGAAGGAAUAACCAUCAACUAUACCUACUCGUAUUUUUUCAGAUACCUAUUACCUAUUAUUUAUACGUUAAGCGUCAAAGCGAUAUGUUCAUUAUUAUUAACUUGAAAUACCCAUGUAGUAUAAUAUGCGGACAACAUACUCGUAUACAGCUACAGCGAAUCGUCAAAUCCAAACUACUAAAAACUAAAUUUUCAAUACGUACUAUCAUCGCUGGAAAACAGUUCGUUUCGUACCCAACUUUAGUAUCAUAUACGCGCGCUUCUUUAUCGCUCAAUCCGAUUAAAAUGAAAAUCAAAAUAGUAGGCUAAUCGUCUACGUUUGGGGUAUGAAAUUAAUUAACCGAAUAAGUGAGAAAAUCCCCGCAACUCUUUCUUUCUUUUUUUUUACAAGGUAACCGUUGUGAUAUUUAUUCCCAUGAUCCGCAGAUCGUAUACGCCAAAUAUGUAAGUCAUUGAAUCAGAUCGCGUACGCUUGCUUCGCUCGCGGAAAAAAUUGUCGUAUACGGGUAUGCAUUAUUUUGUUGCUCCAUAGUUUAUUCAUGUAAACUUACUACCGUGUAUCUGUUUUAUUAUGUAUCGCUAUUAAUAUUUAUUUUAUUUUUAACUGGUUCAUUUUACUGUGUGUGAAAGCUGUGUUUUUUUUGCCCUUUUUACAAUACCUAUAAUCUAUUUAUUCUGAUUUUUCUGAAACGAAUGCCAUUGUGUUACAAAAUUUUUGGAAUUUUUUAACAUUUUAUAAUAAAUGCAUAUUUUUUUUCGUGUA